GGGAAGGGGGAAAGAGCAGCCUUUUCUCCGCUGCGAGGGGGUGUUAUGGGUCGAAAGAUUAAUUACGUCGGAGUGAAAUAUUUGUCUGCCGCUUUGUGUAUCCAAUAAAUUAAGGGCUCCCGAGACUUUUACGCACACAGGUGAAGUGUUGGAUGCGCGUACGGGACUGCAGCGCACCGUUUCUGCCUACUUUAUGAGGAUACGCGGGACUUGGAAGGGAACUCUUCUACAUUGACGAACAUUUUCUCUGACCCAACAAAGUCUUCUUUGGGUUGCCUUCAUGUCGUUUUGUAAAGCAGUGCCUUUGAGAAGUACCAGAGGUCAGUAAGUGCAGCCCGAUGGUUGGAAGACAGGCGCUCCGAAUGGACAGCGGUAAUUGCUCCGGAGCAGUGGUGGAUGACAGUCCAGCAUCCAGUCCGAGCUCCAGCCCCAGUCCGGACGAUCAUCGUCGUCGGGAGCUCCACCGUGCCAGGGUGCUCCAGAGCGGCGGGGUCGGCGGCAGAGGACGCCCUGCAGCAGCGAAUGCAGCGCGGGAGAGGAGCCGGGUGCAAACGCUGAGGAACGCGUUCCUGGAGCUCCAAAGGACUUUGCCGUCUGUGCCGCCGGACACCAAGCUGUCUAAACUCGACGUGCUGAUACUGGCCACCACCUAUAUUGCCCAUUUGACUCGAACUCUACAGGAAGAAGGCGCGGAGGAGGGAGAGAGCACAAAACAAACAGAGGCGUUACACUCACUGAAAGGUGAAGGCUACCUGCACCCAGUAAAGAAAUGGCCAAUGCGAUCCAGGCUGUACGUCGGAGCAACCGGGCAGUUCUUGAACACUUCAAGUCCUUCAGAGUCGGAGGAUCAAGGCCCAUCGUCGUCCACCUCCCACUAAAAUAGGCCUGAUUCAUUUGUGCCAAACAGCUUCAUACUCGCAUGAGUUCAUGCUUUACUUCGGAAGCAGCUUAUGAUUGUAGAACAGUUCGCCAAUCCGAUUUCACUCCCACUAACGCCCUACCAAUAGGAAGACAUUGUAAAUUAAUAUAUUACGUGAAUUUUAUUGUAUAAAUUUUGAGGAAAGCAUACAUUAUAUUUCUGUGUUGUUAUUUCGGAUAAUCCUGCCUGCAUUGUGCAGCUCCACACACGUUCCAGGUAUAUUUGCAGAGACUCCUCGGGGCGACGAGCCCGUCAUGCUUGAGUGUGCACUUUCAGCUGAGACAUUUGCACUAAAUGCAUGUGUGAAUAACUUAACAUCUGUCAUGUGAAGUGGUCUGUCAGAGAGCCCACAAUGCAGGCUCUGCGUCUCAUGUUCCUCCUUAUUUUUCCA